CCCGCCCGCGCGCCUCUCUGGAGUUUACAAAGGCGGCCAAGGCGAGAAGUUUCCUCGGCGAGGGCAGGAUUAAUCCCACGAGGCGGAUGGUUUAAAGCACCUGGAUUAUACUUUCCUGGGCCGGCUGGGGAGCCUUUGGCGGGGGAGCCUUGCCCGCAGACCUGGUCGCAGUGCCUGCGUGCGACGACUUGGGAGCUCUCCAGACAGGAGCGCAUCCUUGGCCCACCUGAGGAAUAAAGGGCUCGUUGGAAACCAACCCCGGGAGGAGUUUGAAGCCUUGAGCUACUUAUCCCAGGAGGAUGGCCGCCUUGCGCCUCUUUGGCUUGACGUUUGCCUUAGCAAUUACGCUGCAGAGGGCCUCCGGCUCGGGUGUCUUCCAGCUGGAGCUGCGGGAGUUUGUCAACGGCCGGGGCUCCCUGGCUAACGGGGAGUCCUGCGGGACCGGCUGCAGGACCUUCUUUCGCGUUUGCUUGAAGCAUUUUCAGGCCGUGAUCUCCCCGGGUUCCUGCACCUUCGGAAGCAUCAUCACCCCAAUCCUAGGAACCAACUCUUUCACGGUCAAGGAGACGGAGAGAUUCGGCAGCCCUAUAAAUCUCCCUUUUAACUUCACAUGGCCGGGAACUUUUUCAUUGAUCAUUGAAGCUUGGCACGCUCCCGAAGGUUACCAGCCAGCAGGUUCCCAAACCCCACCCCAGGACUGGCUCAUCAGCCAAAUGGCCAUCCAGCGCUCGCUGGCGGUGGGCGAAGACUGGUUCCAGGACGAGCAGAGCAACGAGCGGGCCAAGCUGCGCUACUCCUACCGAGUAGUGUGUAACGAGCACUACUACGGCGACAACUGUUCCCGCCUUUGCAGGGGCCGUGACGACCACUUCGGGCAUUACAUCUGUGAGUCGGACGGCAGCGUCGCUUGUAUGCCCGGCUGGACGGGGAACUACUGCACCGAAGCUAUUUGUCUAGCUGGAUGUUCAGAGAAAAGUGGUUUUUGCAGAAAUCCAGGAGAGUGCAUCUGCCGUAGUGGUUGGAGAGGACGUUAUUGUGAUGAAUGUAUUCCUCAUGUGGGUUGUCGCCAUGGGACUUGUACCAAACCAGGCAAGUGCAUAUGUGAUGAAGGCUGGGGAGGCCUCUUCUGCGAUCAAGAUCUGAACUACUGUACCCAUCACAGACCCUGCAAAAAUGGAGCCACUUGCAUGAACACAGGCCAGGGAAGUUAUACAUGUUCCUGCAAAGAGGGUUUUACAGGCGUUGACUGUGAACGGAAUAUCAGUGAAUGUGAUAGUAACCCCUGCAAAAAUGGAGGCAGUUGCACGGAUCUGGGGGAAGACUACAAAUGUACCUGCCCUCCCGGAUAUGAUGGUGUUAACUGUGAGCACAGUGCCUUGACGUGUGUUGACUCCCCAUGUUUCAAUGGUGGCACAUGCCUGGAAAGAGAGAAAGGAGCCACCUAUGCUUGCCUUUGCCCUAUGGGUUUUACAGGAUCCAACUGUGAAAAAAAGGAAGACAGAUGUACCAAGAACCCCUGUGCUAAUGGUGGGCAGUGUUUUGUUUUGGGCCAGCAACAUGUGUGCAUUUGCCGCCCUGGCUACUCUGGACAGAGAUGUGAGAUAAAUAUCAGCAAGUGUUCAAGAAAUCCAUGUUCCAAUGGAGGAUCUUGUCAUGACCUUGUGGCUACACAUGAUUAUACAUGUACUUGCUUGCCAGGCUUCACUGGCAGAAAUUGUGAUAUAAGAACUAGAGAUGGAUGUGCUUCUGGGCCCUGCCAGAAUGGGGGGACCUGCUACAUUACGCUUUAUGUUACCAGCUUUGCCUGCCACUGUCCCUCUGGCUUCACAGGCAGCCAUUGUGAAUUUUUAGUACCGCCAGAACUUCCUAAACCAGUUCCAUGGGUGGCUAUAUCCAUGGGCGUUGGGCUAGUGGCUCUACUCAUAUUGUGCUGCAUGAUAGCUAUAGUUAUCCGGCAAAUGCAGAGGCAGCCAGAACGGAAUUCAGAAACCAUGAACAACUUGUCUGACUUCCAGAAGGAAAAUCUCAUCCCUGCUUCUCAGCUUAAGAAUACCAAUAAAAAUAAAGACCUUGAUGUAGACUGUGUGCUGGAGAAAUCAAACUACAAACUAAAAAACCAUGCAUUGGAUUAUAAUCUGGUGAAAGAGCUGACAAGAGGAGUUCAAGAAGAUAAAUACCAUAAAAGUGAAAAGUGUAUAGGAGAAAAAUCGCCCUUCUGGUUACGCAGUGAAAAGCCAGAAUGUAGAAUAUCAACAAUAUGCUCUCCAAGAGAUUCUAUGUAUCAGUCUGUCUUUGUGAUAACAGAGGAACGAAAUGAGUGUGUUAUAGCCACAGAGGUAUAAUGAUGAACACUGCUUUGUCUGCACCUCAGUUUUGGAGAUGCCACACAGUGGACAUUCCUACUAUAUUGUUUACAAUUCAGAAUUGGAUUGGACUUGUAUUUUUAAUGAUAUGCAAUUUGCUGCUCUCAGGAGGAGGAAGAGAAGACGGAUGUGGGUGAACUGGACAGACUGUGAAUUUAAAAGAUGCAAUAGACCUUUGUCCCCAUUCCCUUAUUCUGAAGUCUAAUAGGAGGAAUGUAACUGACUACAGGGACAAGAGAGACAGAAAUUAUGUCUCUUACUAAGCUUUGAAAUUACAUUGCUGCCAGUUGCUCAUGGACAGUUGUGUGACUUUCCGGAACUUCAGUCCUUAGAAGGUGCCAGCUGGUGCAAAAGGCACCCAGCCAUUUUCACAGAACCUUUUAACAAUAGUGAGAGAAGAAGAAAUGAAGAAACAUAAUUUUCUAUGCAGAAAAUGGAUACAGAAUAAAUGACACCACCAUUUUUUUAAUUGAAAGUGCCUAAAGUGUGUUUGAGAUUAGAGAUCUCAAAUCAAGACACACUUGCCUUUCCUCACCUUCCCUGCAAUACUCAACAGUAUUGGGGAGGAGCAGCUCCUCUGUUUUACAUCCACUUUUCCUUUCCAUGUUUUGCUCACAGCCAAAGUAAGGAAAGAUGGCUACUGAACUGACAUUUCAUCUGUACAAUGGUGGAUGAUGGUAAUGCUUUAGUGAACAGAGCAGUAAGUUGGAAUUGUUUGUUAUUGCUGGACCACAGGAACAUCAAUGGACUUAAAUGGAAGAAAAGCAGGAUCCUGUCUUCUUCUCCUUAUUAUGAGAAACUUAAUCCCAGUGUUCACUGAAAGCCUUAUAAAUGCGUUUAAAAUCAAUCAGAUACUUUCCUGCCCUUUGCACUACUGGUCACCUUGAAGAGAAGUGUGUUUCUUCUACUUCAUAUGCAUAGGAAGAACUUGGAUUUUGUGUUAGUUAUCCAAGUUUGGUGCCACCAUUUCAAUUCUAAGUAAUUUCAAGCCUAAAGUGUUUUUUUGCAGAUAGAGAACUGUUUGUAAGCCCUGUUUUCUCCUUCCUGCAGGACAACCACCACUCCCUAUAAUCAAUCACUUUUCCUAAUGUCCGUAUCUAACUCAAAGACUAAGCUAGAAAGGGGACUAUUGAGAGAUAUACACUAGCAGAGAAAUAAUAAUCUCUUGAUUUCUCCUGCAUUUUCAUUCCUUCAUAGAGUAAAAUUAUGCUUUUGAGUCCAAAGGAGCAUUUCUGAACUGGAAAACUCAGUGCACCCAGACUGUCUUAGACACUCACAGCAAUAAUAGUAGACAUUUCAAAUAGGAAGUACUGUGAUGUUUGUAGCGAUAAACAAGUACUGUGGGAAAGAGAAUGAGUCGGAAACAGAGAGAGGAAGUAAAUUUUCAUUCAAGGAAGCUGCAAUUGUACUUUCUAUGGUGGAAGAGCAAUGUUCCUGACCUUGUAAAUCCUAGCAUUGAACUAGUCCAUCUACAGACCUUUGGAUUGUACAAGCAAGAGCUUGCUUGCAAUGUUCACUAUUAACCUUCUGGUCUGACCAUUCAAGACCAUUAUGAAGGUGACCUUCAGAAAUCAAUAAUAUGGUUUAUACUAGUGUCUGUUUGUAGUUUAUUUUGAAGUCUAGUAUUUCAAUAAUUUAAAAAAAUCAGAAGCACUGAAAUUUCUAUGUUUUUGUAACAUUAUUUUGUAUAUAAUGUAUAUUUAUAGUCCAAAACAGAAGUGUAAAUAUGUUUAUUACUUAUGUAAUGUUUUUAUGUGAUGACAAAGUUUGAAUUUUAUUUUUUUUUCCAAAUA